CAGAAUGAAGCUCUUAACCGUCUGGGGCGUUUUGGUCCAGUUCCUCCUCCUUUGCUACCCCUACCAUCUUCUAACCUCUGCAGCUGCCAUCAAACCCACGGAAGUCGGAGAAUGCAGCAGUCAGCAGGGACUCACCAUCACCCACGUCUAUAGUGUUCCCGGGGAAGACAAUGAGCAGCUACAAACUGUGCAAUCAGAUAAAAACAAUCUUGUUUUUCGGCAUCAUCUUCAGCUGCAGAACCCGGCUGGAGACUGUGAGAAAAACUCACUAUUAAAAGACCUCCUGGCCCGGCUGCAGGCACUGGAAUCAGACUUCAUUGAGAUGAAGGAGAAAUAUGAAUCGGAGAUGGCUGAGAUGAAGGAUGGCUUUGAUGGAUGUUGUGGAGCAGGAAAAUGCAAUGGGAAAGGAAAGUUUGUACCUGAAUUGGGAAUCUGCCAGUGUGAUGAAGGCUGGGCAGCACCUGACUGUUCCUCAAGAAGCUGCCCAGGCAACUGUGGCGGAAAUGGCGUGUGCAUUGAUGGUGUCUGCCAGUGUGCAGAGGGUUUCACUGGUGAUGACUGUAGCAAUAAAAAAUGUGCCUAUGACUGUGGCAAGUUUGGAACCUGCGUGGAUGGUGUCUGUGUUUGCGUAGAGCCGUACACAGGUUCUGCAUGCAGAAAGAAGAAGUGCCCCGUUGACUGCAGCCCACACGGCAAAUGUGUCGAUGGAGUAUGCCAAUGUGCAGAGGGAUACACCGGAGUAGACUGCAAAGAAAAAAAAUGCUCUGUUGACUGUCGACCAAAUGGUCGCUGCGUUAAUGGCGUCUGCGUCUGUGAUGAAGGCUUUAUAGGAGAUGACUGUUCCACCGGUCUGUCAAUUAUUUUAAACCAUAAAGCUGAAUUAGUAAAGAGCAAUUCCAUGCCAAAAGUGAACCAAGUCAGAAUUGAUAGUCUUUGCAAUGGGAAUGGCAGAUACGACUUGGCUACUGGUACUUGUAUCUGUGAUGCGGGCUUUGAAGGACCUGACUGUUCUCAGAAGAGCUGCAUCCCGGCGUGUGGAGAAAAUGGCAAAUGUGUUAACGGUGUCUGUGUGUGCAGUGCAGGCUUCCUUGGACUGACCUGCCAGGAGCCGGACUGUGUCGUCAGCUGCGGUGAUAACGGGCGAUGUGAUGGUGGCCUGUGCUUCUGUGAGGAGGGAUUUUUUGGAGAAUCAUGUUCAGACGUGAUGGCUGUGCAGAACUUGCGUCUCAUCAGCACCACAGAGGAGUCUCUGAAUAUUGCCUGGGACCUGCUGGUGGAAGUGGAUUUCUACUACAUCACUUACUAUCCAUUUGACGAUGAAAGUCAGAAAAAACAAAUUAAAGUUUCUGCAAACCAGGACUAUUACCAGAUCGGAGGUCUGAGCCCCAGCACGUUGUACAAGAUACUCAUGUAUCAGGUGAAGAACAGUAUUACCAGCGAGCCUGCUCCACUUCAAGGCAGAACAGAUGAUGGAAAAAUGGGAACCCUGUGGGUGACAGAAGAGACAGAGGACUCUUUGGAGGUGGAGUGGGAGAAUCCUGAUGUUAGAGCAGACUACUUUAAACUGAUCUAUUCCACCCAGCCUGGUGGAGCUGAGACAGAAGUUCAAGUAGCUCAGAGCAAUGAUCCCAAGACCAGCUACAUCAUUAAAGGGUUACGGCCAAGUACAACGUAUGAUAUCAGUGUUCGGGCUGUGAGAGGAGCCAGGGAAGGAAAGACCUCCACGGUUGUUGGUGUGACAGGAAUUGAUGGCCCCAAAAACUUGAAGGCAAUAGAUGUGGGAGAGGACACUGCUAAUCUAUCCUGGGAGGCUGCACGCGCUCAGAUAGACAAAUAUAUAUUGACAUAUUCAGCACUUGAUGGGCAAAGUGAGGAAGUGACUGUGGGCAAGGAUAAGACAACAACUACAUUGGCUGGCCUUACUCCAGGCAUGGAAUACAUCUUUAAUAUAUGGGCGGAGAAGGGCAACAAGAGGAGCAAGAGGGCAUCCGUAACAGCCGUGACAGAUAUUGAUGCACCUAAGAACCUGCAAGCCUCUGAAGUUACACAGACCGAAGCCACCUUAACAUGGACUCCCCCCAUUGCUCAAAUUGAUGGAUACAAGCUGAUCUACGUGGAUAAGGAUGGCAACCGUCAGGAGAUUAAACUGGACGCCGCAGCUAAGAGUUAUGUACUGAAAGGCCUGAAGAAAGGAAGUGAGUACAAGAUCUACCUGGAGGCAUAUAAAGGAAACCGAAGGAGCAGACAGGUCUCAAUACCAGUGUCUAUGGUCAUCACCUUCCCUGUGAACUGUGUCCAAGUUCGAAUGGCCGGCAACAGAAAUAGUGGAGUCUACACUAUCUACCCCGGAGGAGAGAACACAAAGGGCAUUAGCGUGUACUGCGAUCAGGAUACAGAUGGAGGAGGAUGGACUGUUAUACAGAGAAGAAACAAUGGAAAGCUUGACUUCUAUCAGCGCUGGAGGACAUAUGUGGAUGGCUUUGGAGACCCAAAUGAGGAGUUUUGGCUUGGUCUGGAUUCUAUGCAUAAACUCACUUCUACUCCUGUGCAGUAUGAGCUGCGCGUGGACCUCCGUACCGAAGAUGAAACAGCAUACGCUGUUUAUCGCACCUUCAGCGUUGGAUCAUCUAAAGACAGAUACAAGCUAACAGUCGGUGACUACUCAGGCACAGCAGGUGACGCUCUUACCUAUCACAAUGGAUGGAAGUUCACAACCUGGGACAAGGAUAAUGAUAUAGCUCUCACUAACUGCGCCCUCUCGCAUCAGGCAGCAUUCUGGUACAAGAACUGCCACCUUGCCAAUCCCAAUGGACGGUAUGGCGAUAACAAUCACAGCAUGGGUGUCAACUGGGAGCCUUGGAAGGGUCACGAGUUCUCCAUUCAAUUCAUUGAGUUGAAGAUCAGGCCUCUGGACUCAUCUGCAAGAGUAGUGUGAAAAAGAUCAAGCUCCCAUCUGUUUUCAAAUUUUUUCCUUUAAAUGGUAUAUUUUGUUGAAAUUGCAAUCAAUAGGAAUC